UAUACUAUAUAAUGUCUCCUCUCUCUGAGUAAUUCUAUGGUAUCAGGGGUGACAAUAUAUUUAUUCAGACAGACGGUCAAUUAUAAAGUGAGAUUCACUGCAGCAGGUGUGGCCACAGGUGUGUGUGUGUUUUACUUCAAGAGUUUAAAUAGCCAACCACAACCACACACACUCCUUUAAACCACAAGUUUACCAGAAGACGAGGAAGGUGACACCAUCAGGAUAUUACAGGACACAAUACCUGACAGUGAGAGACGACAUGAUGAAGAUCAAACUGCUUCUGCUGAUCUGGACUGCAUCUGUGAACAGCCUGCCGUGGCAAGCCUCCCCCCUGUCUGGCGUCAGCCCCUGGGGGAUAGGAGAGGGUCACGAGAGAGGAGAGGACCCAGACGGCAGCUCAGCCCGGACUGGCCAGGACAGUAGAAAGGGGUGGGGUCUCGCCUUAGAGGGGUUUCCGGGAGUCACGCCUACCACGUUCCCUCAACCAACCAGAGCACAGGACAGUGGCCCCUCUCCCAGACCUACUUACGUGAGGAGGGGGCGUAGUCUCAAGGUUGAUGACAUCGCUAGCAAUGACAUUACAGAGGAGGAGCUGACAAUGUCCUAUAAAACUCUUCCUGGUUACAGUGAGGACCGGUUGCUAGGGGAGGAGUUUGGUGAUUAUGGGAUGCAGAGGGACUCACCCGGCAGUGAAUCGCAUACCGGGAAAGACCCGACAGAUCACAAUGACUCCUCCAAAUCAAGUGAUUCUGUUGACUCUAACACCUCUAGUGAUUCAAGCGAUUCCUCCAAGUCAAGUGACUCUAGCGAUUCAAGUGAUUCCAGCGACUCAAGUGAUUCAAGCGACUCUAGCGACUCCAGCGAUUCAAGUGAUUCCAGCGAUUCAAGCGACUCAAGUGAUUCAAGCGACUCUAGUGACUCUAGCGAUUCUAGCGACUCAAGUGAUUCUAGCGACUCAAGUGAUUCUAGCGACUCAAGUGAUUCUAGCGACUCAAGUGAUUCUAGCGACUCAAGUGAUUCUAGCGAUUCUAGUGAUUCUAGCGACUCAAGUGAUUCUAGCGACUCAAGUGAUUCUAGCGACUCAAGUGAUUCUAGCGACUCUAGCGACUCAAUAAAUAAAGUGUUCCACAAUAAAACACUGGCCAAGUGA